CGUGAAGGUAGCGUAUCUAGCAAACUUGUGAAACUUGUAUUUAUUUACAGAAGUGCUUGCAAUUGCAACUGUCCACCCCAUAUCUAGGGUCUUGGUUGAAACAAACUCUAGAAUGUUAGUAGACUUGAUCAGUGGCGGUUAACUUUCCUGUUAUUCUCUGGUGAACUUCCGACACUCCCAAUAUCCUUCAAGGAAAUGGGCGAUGGCAAGCGAAGAGUGUUGAUGGUGUGUUUAGGGAACAGUUGCCGAUCACCGAUAGCUGAGGCAGUCUUCCAGAAUGUGGUGAACAAAGCUGGCGUCUCUUCAGAAUGGGAAGUGGAUAGUGCUGCGCUUAUGGACUGGAAUGUUGGCCUUGGUGCUGAACCCAGGAGUCUCAAGACAAUGUCUGACCAUGGACUAACUUGCACUCACAAAGCGAGGCAAAUCACCAAGGAGGACUUUGAGAAGUUUGACUACAUUUUCGGGAUGGAUAUGGGGAAUGUAAGGGAUUUAAAUGAACUGAAACCAGCAAAUAGCAAAGCCAAGAUUCUACUUCUCGGCGACUUCGAUCCACAAGGAGAGAAACACAUCCGCGACCCUUACUUUGAUUACGGGUCCGAGGGAUUUGAGAAGUGCUAUCAACAAUGCAGUCGUAUGUGUCCAGAGUUUUUUAAGAGGGUCACAGAAAAUAAUAUUUGAUUUUAUUUAUCCCUUUUUGGGUAUUCUAAUAAAUUGUUAAUCUAAAAGAAUAAAUUAAGUCAGCGCAAAUAAUUUCAUA